AUGGACAAGAACGCCGCCUGGCUCCCUGGGCCUAUCCAGCUACAUUCAAGCCGCGAAUUCGAAUGUGAUGAGCUCACCGCUGAAGAAUGCGACUGGUAUAAGCAGCGAUGGCACUAUUGGUAUAUCGCAGACUAUGUGUUUGCAUUGCCAACGGUAGCCUUUUUCAUGUGCGCCAUUGGUAUUUUCAUCAUCGGCCAUGUUGUAUCACAGAUUCUUGGAUAUCGCAGAUUCAGAAGGCCGCCGAUAUGGCAAAAGCUAAUAGCAAGUAUUCGAUACCUCUCGUACCGCGGCUUUCACGUCAAGUCGUUGCAUUGGAACUCAGCUCCGGUUGGCAUCUUAUUGCUAGGACUGGCCGGUACGAUUUUCUUUUUCUGUAUGGAUUUAAUUCCGCAGCCCUAUUACUGGCCAAGUAAAAUAUAUGGCAAUUCGCCAGCACUGGCCACUAGAUCUGGAUGGAUGGGCUUGGCUUGUAUGCCAUUCAUUUUUGCAACUGCGAGCAAAGCGAAUUGGAUUACGUUGUUCACUGGAGUAUCUUACGAGAGACUCCAAGUUUUCCACAGAUGGAUAUCUUACGCCUUCUUUAUCCUGGCUCUCCUACAUACCUUCCCAUUCAUUGUGUACCACAUUCGGUGGCAUGACAUGGAGAAGCACUUUGCUUCCGAUCUUGUCUUCUAUUGGACCGGCAUUGUCGCACUCCUUCUCCAAGCAUGGCUUACUUUUGCAUCCCACAGUACGAUACGAAACCUUGGGUACGAGUUCUUCAAGAUGACACAUCUAUUUGCUGUAGCCGUUUUCAUGGUAAUGUUCUUUUGGCACUGCGGCUAUAGGCUCACUUCGUGGGAUUACUUCAUCGCCACUGCAGCUGUUUACGUUCCUUGUUACGUCUACCCCUGGCUUCGAACAUGCUUCCAGUAUGGAGUCAACUCGAAAGCUGAAAUCUUUGUAGAGGACAGUGGCUUUAUUCGCAUUGUGAUUCCGGCAAAUUUUCAUUGGGUACCAGGGCAGCAUUGUUUUCUGCGGUUUACAAGCUUCGGCCUCCUACAUGCUCUCUCGGCCCAUCCGUUUACCAUCUGCUCCUUGCCUUCAGAGAAGCCAAACGAGCAGUCUGAGCUCACUUUUUUUGUUCGACCGGAAAAGGGGUUUACCGCAAUGCUGUACCGAUUCGCCCUAGAAAACCCUGGUGGCUCGGUACCUGUUCUUGUAGACGGGCCAUACGGAGGUAUCAAUAUGCAGAGAUAUCAGGACAGCGACCAUCUUCUUGUCGUUUCGGGUGGUUCAGGGGCUGGCUGGUGUUUACCCUUCAUUGAAAAGAUUGUUAGACACCGCAUGAUAUCGGCAGAUGAAGAACAAGGCCAAAUUGCGCGCCCUGGUGGUAAAGAGUUUCCUGCAGCUGAAGGCUUGGGUAAUCGUAGCAAUUCCAGACCUCUUUCCCUGCGUGUUAUCUUGGCAACUCGGGAUUCCAGCUGCCGUACUUGGUUUCUCAGAGCAGUAAGCGAGAUGCUAUCGAAGCAUUCACAAGCUGAUUCAUCAUUCAACACCGAUUUUCAAGUUGAAGUCUAUCUGACUGACAAAGCGAUACAACCGGUAAAUCUAGAAAACAAGCCAGCAAAAGAUCCUAUGCCGAAGGGAUCUCUCUCAUCAACGGAUAAGAAUAAUGUCGAAGAAGGGGGACGCACUAUCAAUGUGCCUGAGAGAGAGUUUGAGGGCCGGCCUCAACUACCCCAGAUUGUCCAAGAGGCAGCCAGUGUCGCAGAAGCUGGCCAAUCUCUAAGUGUGUUCGUUUGCGGGCCAAAGACGAUGCAAAACGAUGUACGCAACGCUGUCGCUGAAGAAAAUCUGAAGAUCCUUCAAGGUUCAAGGACAGGCGCGGUCUAUUUACACACUGAGCAUUUCUCAUGGGCAUAA